AUGGAUAGUUCAGAACGGAACAAUGAUUGGAUUCUGAGCACAGGAAGGAAGGAAGGAAGGAAGGAAGGAAGGAAGGAAGGAAGGAAGGAAGGAAGGAAGGAAGGAAGAAAGGAUUGUGAUAAAAUCCAGACACCGCGUAUUGGUUGUGGGAAGUCUUUUGGUAAGAAAGAUGAGCUGGUCGGUUGUGAGGAAGUAACAAGAUUCUUGCAAAGGACUUACUAUGAAUGGCUUACUCCAUAUGGUAUGUGGCAUAAAGGGAUGCCAAGCCGACCCCGCAAGUCAGCUACUGGGAACAAGUCCAAGGCUAAUAGGCGGUCAACGACCCGCUCAAGAUCACCUACAGGUCAGUGA